CUUCCGGGGCGCCAGAGGUCGCGGCGGUGGCAAGAUGGCGGCCCCCUUAGAGCUCAGGUGCUGGGGCGGCGGUUGGGGGCUCCCGUCUGUCCACAGCGAGUCCCUGGUGGUUCUGGCUUAUGCCAAGUUUUCUGGUGCGCCCCUGAAAGUCAGUGUUAUAGAUAACACCUGGAGAGGUUCAAGAGGAGAUGUACCUAUUUUGACAUCAGAAGACAAUAUUGUAUCUCAACCGGCAAAAAUACUUAAUUUUUUGAGAAAACAGAAAUAUAAUGCUGAUUAUCAACUCUCUGCAAAACAAGGUGCAGAUACACUUGCUUACAUUGCUCUCCUUGAAGAGAAGCUUCUUCCUGCAGUGCUCCAUACGUUCUGGGUGGAACAUGACAAUUACUUUACUGUGACAAAGCCAUGGUUUGCCUCAAGGAUCCCAUUUCCAUUGAGCUUGAUUCUGCCUGGAAGAAUGUCUAAAAGAGCGCUGAACAGGAUCCUCCUUACUAAAGGGGAGCCUCCUCACUUCCACCUCAAAGAAGUAGAAGCCCAGAUAUAUAGAGAUGCCAAGGUGUGCCUAAAUCUUCUAUCAAACAGAUUGGGAACAUCUCAGUUUUUCUUUGGAGAUACGCCUACUACCUUGGAUGCCUAUGUAUUUGGUUUCCUUGCACCUCUUUACAAAGUACACUUUCCUAAGGUCCAGUUACAAGAGCACUUGAAACAACUCUCCAAUCUGUGUCGCUUCUGUGAUGAAAUCCUGAGUUGUUACUUUAGGCUUAGCUUCACAGGCUUCUCUCCAGCGGGGCAAGAUACAGUAGAUGCAAAUCUACAGAAACUCACCCAACUUGUAAAUAAGGAAUCCAACUUGAUCGAAAAGAUGGAUGACAAUCUUCGCCAAAGCCCUCAGCUUCCUCCUCGGAAACUGCCGACUCUCAAAUUAACUACAGCAGAUGAUGAAAGUAAUUCAUUUCAGCCCCUUUCACCCUGACAGCCAUCAUUUUCUGUGCAUGUGCUUCAGCUGCCUUCAGAUCAUUUGAAUGCCACAGUAAUCUUACAAACCAGUGUGGUCAGGCAAAGGAAAGCUAGUGUAAUAGGUACAAGGAAGACAUUAAGACUAUAAGUAGAUCCUUUCCAUGUUGCUUGUUGCUCUAUUAAGAAGCUUGUAGUCCAGCCUGAUCAUGCGCUAAAAUGCCAUUAGGGUGAAUUUUUAAAAAGAAAAUAUAUUGUACUGUAUGAAACCAUCUUAACCGUGGCAAAUUUUUGCCUUUGGUUCACACGUUGUCAAUCAAAAGCUAUAAUUUUAUUGUUCUCAGUGUGUACUCUUAAUUUAUUCAAGUGUAUUAAUUUACUCUUCAAAUAAUGUAUGUAAAACUGUAUAACUAUUUGGCUAAGGCUUUUUCCUCUGUUAAGAAAUCUGUGGUCUCCUUUAGUAUUAGGAAAAGUGUAAAACUUUUAUUAUUAAUGGAAAAUCCUGUCUUUAAAUAUGCAGGAAAAAUGUCCUUUUAAUUAGGUUUUCAUGAAUCCAAUCUUUUUGAUUUGGGUACUGUAUACACCAAAUAUAAAUGAUGGUUUCACGUUGUAUUGCCUGACCUAGUGUCCUUCAGGAUAAUUUUAUCACAUGCUGAUGUGUGUGUACCUUGUGGGCUAGCAAGGGCCCUGAUUAGUGGAAUGAGCAGUAUGCUAGCUUUAUACACCUAUACUUUUGUCUUAUCUCUACAUCUGGUUGGGGCCUAAUUUGAAUUCCAAGAGACUUGAGUCUGUUGGUAUUGAGAUGCCAUACCACCUCUAACUUUGCCAGGUUAUUAAUAAUCGCUUGGGAGAAGCUCGGGGCUAGAGUAACGAGGGUACUGCAUGUCAGACUCUGUAGCUAUCCCAUGCUUUGCUCUAUCUAAACCAUUAUACACAAGAAGUGUAUAGUGUACUUAAAUCCUUUACAACAACCAACUUGGCUGUUUCUUAGACAGCGGUUGAAAAACCCAAAGGUAUAGCUUAGAAAGCAGCUUUAGAUAGUUUAAGAAUCUAUUUUAUCAUUAUCGGUAACUAAAGUGCUUAAGGAAUUCAGCCAUGGAGGCCAUUUUGUUUUCAAGUAGAAACUUGUGAAUUCUCAUGACUAACAAGCUUCUUUUAUCUUAGAACUACACCUGGGGUUUUAAAAAUAUAGCAACAUGUUUUUCGAUCAGUGUCUUAAAGAUUAUUAACGGUGCUCAGCUCAUCUGGUCCAGUUCUAAUUCAGAGACCCAUAUGUCCAGAAACAGGUUUCAUAUCUAAGAGACCACUUCGUUCAUUUCAUGUUGAUUUGAACUCAGCAGUUUCUUAAAUCCGUCCUUCCUAAACUAUUUAAUUUAUUCUGUCUUUAAGUAAAUAUUUAUGUAAGAAUCCAUGGGUUCUUGUAAAUAUUCUAUCUUGAAUGUUUUAACUAAGAUGAGAAAUGCUGUUAUCUUUAAAAUUUCCUUUAUUUCUUCAAUUACUUUGGGAAAAGUAUAUUAACUAGUUUUCAUGUUACUUUUUAAAUGUUUGUUUCUGUUUCAUUUAUAAGUAUAGGUUUAGCUAUAACAGCAGGCAAAUCUACAUGAAUGUUUUGAAAAUCAUGAACUUAGGAAUUUAAUGUUUGGGGAGCAAAUGUGUAACAGAAACAGUGAGCAAAUUUAUGAAUCACACUUUCUUAUGCUUUGUUUAAAAUGAACUAUUUUAGCAAGAUGGUCAGCUUUGCUUAAAGAUUAAAUGUUUAUAAGUAAAUGAAAAUGUUUAAAUUUCUACAAAUAUGUAGGAUAAUAUUAGCAAUGGCUUAUAUUUACAUGGCUUUAGUGCUUACAACACACUUUACUUUCAUCUCCUUUGAUAGCAUACUUUUUUAUAUUUCAUAGGUGGGAUCAGGCUCAGAUACUACUUUUAUGCUCUAAAUCCAUAAAUAUGAUCUUUAACAAAUUAUUCACAGUAAACAAGUAAACAUAAGUGUGAUUCAUUUGCUAAUUGUUCUUUCUAGCUUUGAGAAUGUCUAUACCUUAUAACAUGUGUUAAACUGCUGUUCCAAAAUCCUUUUGCUAAGAGCAGGACCUAAUAUUGACAAGCGAGGAUUACUGUACUACAGUUGUAUUUAUACAUAUUUUUUUCUCUUCAAUACAUAACCUUUGGCUUUAAGGAACUUUUAGUUACUUCUUUUUGCUUAUCUUUCUGUAUGAAUAAAUUUUAUCAUUUGAAGCUAGACCUAGUAGAAAGUAUUAUAGGGAUCACAUACCAGAAGGAAAGGGACCAAAAAUAUGCCGAUUAAUAAACGCUUGUAAUCAGUCUAAGUCAGUAUAUGUUUUAGACCAAAUUUGAGUUUUGGAGAAGCUAGUCUAAGAACAAAUACUGAAGGCUAAUUUGAAGGAGGUGGGUUAGGGAAAAUAAGAUUCAUGUGCUUGGGUCUUGUGACUAUUAAGUGGCAUAAGUUUGAGGCAAAAAAAAAGGUAGGGAGAAAGAAGUAGACAGACAAUACCCAGAAAAUGAAGCUCCAGUCCCUGCAUGUGAUAUUUCUUAUAUUUCAGAUUAAUGGUAGGGCUAUAGAAAGCAUAAUGUUUUCCUUAUCUUGGAAAGCUGUUUCCUCCCCCUCCCCUUUCACAGCAGCAAAUCAAAUUUCAAUGUAAAUGUGUAAAUGCAAUUUGGUCACUUGGGGACUGAAAGUUGGUUAUAUCUAAUGCCAAGUUUAUGGCCUUUCAAGUUUGUAAUUGUAUUUCUGCCAAAUAUAUAUUAUUGACAACCUACCAGAGGCAUCUCAAGUUAUCAAAGAAGAAAAUGAUCAUUAUGCAAAAUCUAUUGAAUGAAAUGGGAUGACACCAUUAAGGACUUUGCCCUAGGCAAAUGCCAUCAACAUCAUUUCAGUUCGUGUGCUUGAUUCUAACUCCUGAAAAGGAGGUGACAGAACCAAUGUGUUGUCAAGGACAGUCUGAAGAAGUCUAUCAUUUAUAUCCGCAUUAGGAGAUUGUUGUCUAGAGGCUGCUGCUUGAAGAAGAAAAAGUUUCCGGGUUUCCAGAACAUAAAACUUGUAUUAUAGUAACAGGAGAUGGGAAAAUCUAGCUUGGCAGAAUCAAGGAACUACAGUUUGUGUUAAACUAGGACCUCCCAUUUUAUCAUGGAACUGUCUUCCAGAUUGACUCUGUGGGCCCAAAUUGGACCAGUAGACACAGUUAUCCCAGACAAGUGACAGGUACUCAUCUAAUGAGUUGUAAAACAAGCUUCAGUCCUGAAGAAGUGGUAGAUGGAAGAAGGGAAUAAGGUGAACAUGUGGUUUAAUUUCUCUGCAUUGAUUUGGUAUUUAGACCUUUAGAUCAUUAACUGUAUUUAAAAAUAUGCUGGGAAAAAAUUAAAAAAAAAUUGGAAAUUGGAAAAUC